AUGACGGACUCUGGCUACCCCAACCGCGUUCGGAUGUGGAAGCGGGGUACCCCACUGGAAGACGCGCCUGUGGUCUUCGAGGGUUCCACGACGGACGUGCUGACGUACUCGAAGCGGUACCACGACCGCGGCGUAUGGCACGAGAUGAGGACGCGCGCGGUGACCUUCUAUCGAAGACAAUACUGGUGGGAGCGCGGAGGGGAAUGGAAGAAACUUGACAUUCCGGAGGACAUGGAGGUCUCGACCUUCAAGGACACGUUUCUGCUCACCCUCCGAAGCGAGUGGGCUGUGGCCGGGCGCGUCUUCAAGCAGGGCGCCCUCCUGUCCGUCGGCCUGGACGCCUUUUUUGCUGGAGAGCUGUCAACCAUCACCGUUCUCUUCGAGCCCUCCGAGUCGGAGUCGCUCCAGAGCCAGUGCGGGACGCUGAACUUCCUUGGGGGCCCGCGGAUUCUGGGGCUGCUCAGCGACGUGAAGACGAAGCUGAAGGUGUGGGAGUACAGGGCGGGAUCUUGGCACCACAGAGGGGACCAGACGGGCUACGGCAUGGAGAGCAUCGACCUCCGCGCCGUGGACGAGGACCACUCCGACGAGCUGUGGGCCACGGUCUCGGGCUACAUCCGCCCGUCCAGCCUCUACCUGGCCUCGAUCGAGUCCCUCCUCGAAGGGAAGCUGCUGGACGGCCUCCCGCUGAAGGCCCUGCCGCACUUUUUCGAGGCGGGGGACCUGGAGGUUCAGCAGCACUUCACGCCUUCCAAGGACGGCACCAAGAUACCCUAUCCAGCUAUCUGCAAGAAGGGUAUGAAGCUGGACGGCUCGAACAAGACGCUUCUGUACGGCUACGGUGGUUUUGAGAUCAGCUUGACGCCUGCCUACGGCGGCGGGCGCGGGGCCGCCUGGCUCGAGCAGGGUGGGGUGUGGGUGGAUGCGAACAUCCGCGGCGGCAGCGAGUACGGGCCACAAUGGCACCAGUGCGCGAAGAAGAGCAACCGCCGCAAGUGCUACGAGGACUUCGAGGCCGUCGCGGAGGACCUCAUCGCGAGGGGCGUCACGUGCAGGCAGGGUCUCGCCUGCCGCGGCGGGUCCAACGGGGGUCUGCUGAUCGGCAACAUGCUCACGAGGCGCUCGUGGGAGCUGUUCGGGGCCCUCGUCUGCGAGGUGCCGCUGCUGGACAUGAGGAAGUUCCACAAGCUUCUGGCAGGUGCUUCCUGGAUGGGCGAGUACGGCGACCCCGACAAGGACUGGGACGACUUCUUGCACGAGUACUCCCCUUAUCACAACGUCUCGGACGCGGCAACGUACCCGCCCAUCUUCUUUGUCACCUCCACGAAGGACGACCGAGUGCACCCUGGGCACGCGCGCAAGAUGGUCGCCAGGAUGCUUACACACCCUACAGGGGCUGCAACAACGACCUAUUACGAGAACAUUGAGGGUGGUCAUGGUGGAGCCGCUGACAACAAGCAGCGUGCUUAUAUGGAUACUUUGAAGUACAAGUUUUGCUGGAAGAAGCUCUCUGGCGCGCAGACGCCGCGGAUGUGGGGCGCCUUCGCCGAGUGCGAGGUGGCCCGGUGCUCCGAAGCGAUCAAGGCUUACAGCGCCUUGUGGGAGGCAUCCCACCAGCGUGGCGCCUGCAGCGCCGCCCUGCCGGGCCUCGCGGCGGGCGAGUGCAGGAACCGAUUCAGGGCCCGGCACCUGAUCCCCAUGAAGCUGGAGCUGCCCCCGGUGAAGUGCGCCCUCUGGGGGGGGGUGCGCCGCGGGGCCGCGGCCCGCGCCGAGGAGGCGUCCCAGGUGGACGUGCCCAUCGGGGCGUUCGCCACCACAGCGGUGUGGCAGUACCUUGGCGGGGCGCCGUCCUGGAUUGCGCGCGUGGGGUACGUCGAGAGCUUGGGGCCGGAUGCGGGCACGUACGCCGCGAUGGUCACUCAGGCGUUGGAGGUGGUCGAGGAACUGGCUCUCCACGUCUACCUGACGCUCGUUUUCCUCGCUGCCCAGGCGCCGACCUUGCCGAUCGAGGCGGUGGUGCCGCUCCUGGCCUCGUGCGGCUGGCUCAGCAUCGGCGGCCCCAGCGCGCGGGCGCGCGCGGUGCCUGUUGGCGCCCGCCCACGCAGGCAGACCGGCUUCGGGGCCAUCUUUCGUCCAGAAACCGGUCGGCCUUCUGUGGCGGCGGGCGGGCUUCUGGACGUUCUUCCUUUGCAGCGUGGUGCGGGGCCGGGUUACAGCGUGGCGGCCGACCGACGGUUCGUCGUGGGUGGCCAGCGGGCCAGGGGCCACAAGGGGCAUCCUGGCCGCGAGCGGGAGGACGGGUCAGGUGCAGGGCGGGCGUCCGAGGCCUCGCCGGCGGGCGCCCUGCGCUGGAGGCGCCUGGUGCGCUGCCUGCUGGUGGUCUCGGAGCCCGCGUUGCGGGAACUGCUGGACCAGCAGGCGUGCGGCGGGCGGGCUCCGCGGCGCGCCGGCGGCGCGGAGUGGUCUUUGCAGAGCCUGGUGACCCCCGACCAGGAUCUCCGAAUCGAGGUGCACUACACGCGGACAGCCCAGGACUCGGAGGUGAAGGUCGUCGGCAGGAGCUUCAAGGCAAAAUAUCCCGGCCGCGGCGAACGCGCUGGGCAAGGCGCGGGCCUGCAGCUCAGCGGGCCGUCUCCGGCCGACGAGCAGCUGCCGCGCGUGCCGGAAGCGGUGGCCACUCAGGUGCGGGCCAAGAACGAGAAGAUUAUCGAGUACAUGCAGGAGUUCCACUCCUGCACCGUCGGCAGCCUCGUCACCGAGUUCUUGGUGGACGCCUCGGGCAAGGCGAUCCUCCACGCGUUCCUGAGGGCGUCGCCGGGCAGCGCCGAGGACCUGCAUCGGCCGCCGCGAGGCGUGUUCGCCCGCGACUCCAGGCACGCCCUCACGGCCCCCGACCGCAGCACCCUGGGCGACACGGGCUUCGACAUCUCCAGCCUGACCGCCACUUUCGACAUCUCCGGCAUCGAGAGGGACUUGAACGAUGUCCCGAUUGUAGAGGACGAUGGCGAGGGCGAGGAUUUCGAACGCGACGUCGAGCUGGCGCGCGCCGCCGCGGGCCAGCAGCCGAGGCCCUGCCCUGGGGUCGCCCUCGUGGGUCAGCCGUCAGGCCUCCCUGAGAUCUUUGCGUUGCCACGGAUGUAA